AUGACAUCUCAACAACAGUCAGAUUCAAAUAAAGAAACAUAUGGUACUGCUGUCAGUGUUAAUAAUCCUGGUAGCUCUCCUCAACAUGAGCCUAGAUUUUUUUCUUCAAAAAGAGCUAGAGAAAUACAAGCAGAAGAAGGUAUUACUACAAAUUUUCGUCCAACGCCACUUACAACACAACCUAUUACUACGAAUGGUGCUUUCAGUAAUGGAACUCUUCUUCCUGACUCAGUUACAACUUCAAUUUCUUCAAUUGAUUAUCUAAAACCUGUUGGAUCAAAAGUUUCUUCAACUGCCUCAAACGGAAAUGGUUCUGAACACUUUCCCAAUUACCCAUCAUCAUAUCGUCGUACUCGUGCCGACACUCUACCAUCAUCGUUAUCCAGACCCAUGCUUCACUAUCCACCAUCUACAAUAUCUCUUUCCUCUUCUAAUCCGAUUGGAUCUUCAUCUAACAGUAAUGCAUCCAGUCUUCUUACGCCACCAUCAAGAUCUUCUCGUAUCCGGUCAGGUUCACUUACUCUGCCUUCAUCUUCACUCUCUGCUGCAUUUGGUCCUUCUAUUUUUACAUCUGGUUGGAACGAAUCAAGUGGUCCUCCGACUCCUCCAAUGCAAACACCUACAACUGGUGAUUUACUACGUGGUGAUGAAAAUAACACUGUCGGGAAAACUUUAGAUUAUUUGGGCCUAGAUGAUCAUGAUCAUAGUAGUUCUUCCAUGUCAAAAUUAAAUGCAAAUUCUAAUGCCAUUCCACAAAUCAAAGUAGAAAUGAAACCUCCUACAACUUCUGGAUAUUCUUCACAAACUGGUGGGGCUAUUCCUUCGCUUCGUAGAGACUCGAACAGAAUUCGUUCAUAUUCAGUUUCUGCUACUGCAAAAUAUGACGAUCCUCCAAUACCUACUACAACAUCCUCCAAUAUAACAAAUAAUUUAUUUCCACCAGGGAAUGUUGCCGUUCAACAAUUUCAUCAAGUUCAUAAUAGACCUCGUGCUAUUAGUAUGAGUAUUUUAGACCUACCAAAUGAUAUAACCACCCUAAGACAAAGAAAUUACAAUGAUAUGACAGAUCAAAUUCAAUCUGCCACUUCUUCAAAUCGCCUUGGAGGUGAUCAAUUAUUGGAAAUGAUUCCUCGUGUAUCGGAUCAUUCUCAACAAAGUACACCACCACCACAAACUCCAACUAGAUCUUUAUGGAUCGGAAACAUUGAUCCAAACUUAACAACACAAGAUCUUAUGCAACUUUUUUCACAUUAUGGUGGUAUUGAAAGUUUAAGAUUAUUACCUGACAAAGAAUGCGGGUUUGUUAAUUUUGUUAGGGUCGAGGAUGCGAUUCGCGCAAAAGAUGAUAUAAUGAACAGAUUAGGUGGCCGAGUUGGCAAUUGUAUUGUACGUGUUGGUUAUGGUAAAGCAGAUGUAUUGAACAAUCAAGAUUUCUCGAUGUCAUUUCAAACGCAACUUCAACCUACCCGUGCUCUUUGGAUAGGAAACAUCCCAACAUCAACAACUCCUCAAACAUUAGAAAACAUUUUUGCACCAUAUGGGGCAAUAGAAUACGCCAGAGUUCUUACGCAUAAAAAUUGUGGUUUUGUCAAUUUUGAAAAUUUGGAAGAUGCUAUAACAGCUAAAAAGGCUUUACAUGGUAAAGAAGUUCUCGGGAGUGCAGUUGGAAAUGUUAGAAUUGGUUUUGCAAAAGUUCAACCUAAACCUUCACCCAACGCGACAACACCAGAACCAGAGUCCCCUGCAACUCGUCAUGCUCAAAAACAAUUAAUGAUGAGAGAAUUAAGUGGUGGUCUUGAUGAUGACUUGGAUGAUGACAACGAUAAUCGUCCUCCAACCAAUUAUUACACAUCUAUUCCUCCUGUUGCUGAUCCAAAUCCAAAUAGGAAACCUGAUGCAUCCAGAUUACGAGAAAUUCGUAAAAGACUUGAUAGCAAUCAUUGUACUGCAAAAGAGGUAGAGGCUAUUGCACUUGAGGUUAUUGACGAAAGUGUUGAAUUAGCGAGUGAUUAUAUUGGUAACACAGUUAUUCAAAAAUUAUUUGAACGCUGUUCUGAAAAUACCAAAACAAAAAUGUUGGAAAAACUUGCACCACAUUUGGCCACCAUCGGUAUUCAUAAAAAUGGUACAUGGGCAGCUCAAAAAAUAAUCGAAUGUGCAAAAACUCCUACUCAAGUACAGAUUAUUGCAUCCAAUGUUAAGCCGUUUACACCACCACUCCUUUUAGACCAAUUUGGAAAUUAUGUGGUGCAAUGUUGUUUACGUCUUAAUCAACGCAAUCAAUUUAUUUUUGACGCAAUGGUUGAUAGAUGUUGUGAAAUUGCUCAGGGAAGAUUUGGGGCUAGAGCAAUGAGAACUUGUUUAGAAAGCCAAUAUGUAACGAAAAAACAACAGAAACAAGUUGCAAUCUCGAUUAUUAUUAAUGCAGUUUCAUUAUCAACAAAUCCAAAUGGUGCAUUAUUAUUAACAUGGAUGCUUGACAAUUCUAAUUUUCCUGGAAGAUAUCGUCUGCUUGCACCAAGACUUGCGCCACAUUUAGCACAUUUAUGUACACACAAACUAGCAUCAUUGACCGUUCUUAAAAUCAUUAAUCAACGCCAAGAGCCAGAUGCACGAGAAUUAACUAUCUCGUCAUUGUUUUUCUCUCCAAAUGAUCAAGUAUUGGAGGAUGUAUUGAAUGACCAAGUUCAUGGAGUUGGCGUAGUUCAAAAGGUGUUGUCCAGUCCGUAUUUGGAUCCUCAUGAAAAACAAAAAUUGGUGGAUAAGGUUAAAUACGUAUUGGGUAAAUUGAAAGUUCAACAAGUACAAGGUUAUAAACGUUUAUUGGAGGAAUUGGGAAUGGUUGGUGAUGUUUCGUUUGGAAAUUCGUUGAAUCCUGGCGGUCCUACGCAAUUGGCUAGUAAUAACGCAUCGCCAAUUGAAAAUAAUAGUAAUAAUUCUGCACAAAAUGAUCAAUUCAAUUCUCAACAACAAUUGUUAUUAUCACCUUCAAGUGAAGGUACAGCACCUACUCAAAGUUCCACUUCUUUGGCUACAACACCUUCAACAAAUUAUCCACCACCAACAUCAGCAGCACCAGUUUUCAUGAACAAUGUUCCACUAUCGCCUCAUCAUCAACCACACCCACAGUUUCCGCCCACAUCACCAUAUACUCAUAUGGCCCCAUUUCCACCCUUUAUUCAUCCAACAGCUUUGGCAGCAGUAGCGGCAGGCAUGUAUGGACAUUCAGCAAUGUUUAACCCUGCAUAUCCUUAUAUUAUUGCCGCUGGUGGAAUGCCUCCACCAAUGAUAAAUUCAGCCCCUCCUACUCCAAAUGGUGCUCCAAAUCCAAUAUUGUCAUUCACACCACCACCACCACCGCUUACACCGCAACUUCAACAACAAGUAUUACAACAUCAUCAUCAACAACAAUCUCCUCAAUUAUCACAAUCACAACCACAAGAGCAAUUACAAGACCAAUCAUCAUCAUCGCCAUCUUCUUCUUCUUCACCUUUACCACAACAAGAGCAAGAACAAUUAUCAUCAUCAUCAACUUCUCCACCACAGUCGCAACAAGAAUUAAAUAGUGAUAUGCGAGCGCAAUCAUCACCAAAAGAAUCCGGUACCGAAUUAUUAGAAGGAACUAGCAAUGAAUAA